AUGGCGGAGCUGAGAAAGUUGGUGAAAUCGCGAAGCGGACAUCGCCUUCACGUGCGGAACACUAUUCAAACUGUCAAUGGCCUAAUGGAUAACAAUACGAAUCCUACCGAGGAAUGGAUCGCAAAACUAAAUUCGGCAAAAAUUACGUUUGAAAAGCAAUUGAGGAUAAUAGAAACAUUAGACGAAAAAAUUGAAGACAUCAUAGAUGAAGAAGAAAUAGAGAAAGAAAUCGUCGAAAAGGGCGAAUUCCAAAGCAAUGUACAAGACGUUAUCUGCAUAAUUGAAUCGAUAAUCAGUCGUGAUGAGAAAGAGAGAUCGAAAAACUCAGAAUCUAUGUCUUCGUCACGUUUAUCAUCAACGGGAGAAGGAUGUAGACGUAAACUCCCAAGUCUCGAGCUACCGAAAUUCGAUGGAGAUCCGGAGAAAUGGACUCCGUUUUACGACAGCUUUUUGUCAACUGUUGAUAGCCAUCCAAGUUUGGAGCCUGUGGACAAGUUUCGGUAUCUACUAAAUUGUUUGAGUGGAAUUGCGAAGGAUACGUUAACCGGCAUUAAUGUAACUAAUGCGAAUUACACUGAAGCUUUGGAGUUGCUCAGAUCACGAUUUGGAAAUAAACAAAUAAUUAUUUCACGUCAUAUGGAAUCCUUGAUAAAUUUACCGAAUGUACAGUCGAGUAGCGUUCAGCAGCUGAGGACCCUUUACGAUAAAACGGAAGGCGUUAUACGGAGUUUAAGAGGUAUUGGAAUCAAUUCCGAUAGUUAUGGAACAUUUGUAACACCUAUUCUUAUGUCAAAGAUUUCGCCAGAAUUGAGAAUAACAUUAACAAGAAAUUUAUCGGAAGAGUGGGAUUUGGAUGGGGUUAUGCAGGAAUUUGGAAAAGAGUUGCAGUUAAGAGAAAGAUGCGAGUACAGUACGAUGGCUGGGGCUGCAAAUUCGUUUACUGAGGGCAGGAGGAAUACAAGAAAAGUUGAUCAGAUUCAACCAUCAACGACCUUUGUUUUUUAUAACCAAGGAGGAGCAAGUUACCAAGGUGAGCGGGAACCAUCGUGUGUAUUUUGCGGAGGCCGACAUUUCUGGGAUCGGUGCACGUCGGUGACAGACCCAUUUGCAAGAAGAAGGGUUUUACGGCAGAAAGGCAGAUGCUUUCUAUGUAUGAAGGGGAGUCACAUUGCGAGAGAUUGCAUGACAACAGGCAAGUGCAGAGUAUGCGGUGGGCGACAUCAUACCUCGAUCUGUGGCAACAAUAGGAAUUCGAGAUUUAAUCGAAAUCAAUCUGGAAUUGCUAGACAGGAUAAGGCCUCAUCAAAGGGUAUGAUACCUAAACAACCAGCCACUACAAAUUUAUUGGUAAAUCAUGAUAUGAACAAAAAACAGUUUCUCAUGCCAACAGCACAAGGAUCUGUGUCGAAUCCUUCUGAUAAAGAGGAUGGUACUUGA